AAGAAUUGUAUAAUAAUAUAGAGAUGCUUAACUUUCCAAAUAUAAUAGAUUUAAAAGAAUACAUUAAUUAUCUAAAAGAAAAAUAUAUAACUGGAAUGUUAAGUGACCAGGAAAUUAUAAACCAAAUUAUAUAUCUAGAACCUGAAACAGCUGAAGAUAAUGAGGAAGAUGAUAGUACAGAACUACCCCAAGUUAAUCACAAAGAAGCAUUAGAUGCUAUAUGUUUAUUAGAGUUAUAUCUUAUGCAACAGGAUCUUAGCAAUGCAGUUCAUAUAGAACAUAACUCAGCUUUAUUAAAAUUGUCUGGGCUAGUUAGAAAAUUCCAGAAUGCUUCAUUCAAGCAACUAAUUAUAAAAACUUUCUUUGAGCCA